AUGACUUCUGCCCACCAAACCAUCGUUCUGAUAACCGGUGCAAACCAAGGCAUUGGCUAUGCAACUGCCGAACAACUUUUCCAACAAAAUAACUACUAUAUUCUCCUCGGCUCGCGCGACGCAGAGAAAGGCGCGAAGGCUGCCGCCGAACUCGACCCCUCAGGCAAAUCGGUGGAACCAAUCACCAUCGACGUGGCAGAUGAUGAAUCCAUCCAGCAAGCAGCAGACCACAUCGCGUCGAAGUACGGCCGAAUAGACGUCCUGAUAAACAACGCCGGAAUCAACAAUGAGCUCGCUCGCUACUUGAAGCAGCAAGAUGCCGACAAAGAGAACAAGCCAGACCUCCCAGCCUUGCGCCAGACAUACCGGGACGCAUACGAAAUCAACCUUUUUGGCGCAGCAAUCACAACAGAAGCAUUCAUACCACUGCUAGAGAAGGCGGCUGCAAAGCCAGCGCGGAUUGUCUUCGUAUCAUCACACACGGGAUCCAUCGGUCUUCGAGUUGAUCAGUCUUCUACCUUCUACGAGAAGAUGAGCCAGCCCUCAUUCCCGAUCUAUCGUAGUAGCAAGACUGCGAUGAAUAUGCUCACGUUGCAUUAUGCGGCUCGGUUCAAGGAGCAGGGAUGGAAGAUUAAUGCGUCGUGUCCGAAUUUGACAAGAUCGGCUUUCUCACGCUUUAGUGAUUUGGGAAGAUCUCCGGCUGAGUCUGCUGUUAAUAUUGUGCGGCUGGCGACUUUAUCGGAGGGUGGAGAAACAGGCCAGUACUCGGAUGAGAAUGGGGUGGUGGCUUGGUAG